AUGGAAAACCCGUCAAGUGAUAGUCGUUUGAAGCUGGAUGACAAACUGUCGAAGAAUGGAGUUGGAAAUCCUUUGUCGAAUGUAAAAUUAUCUGAGGUGCAACGUCAGGAAGGUCAAUGGAAUCCUGAGGACUGUAUGUAUGACGUCCUUUUCCACAGACAAGCACCACUAUCGACUUCCGGGAAACCGGAGAAACAGCAGAAACCUUCAUCAACUACUGAUGUAAAACGUCAAGAGAUGCCCGGGCCAAGCCAAGGCGCAGCAGAUGGUUACAGACUUAACCCAAAGUUAAUGGCUGCGACGCACGGAAGGGACCUUAUGCCAACUCAUGACAAUAAAGCUGGUGUUUCUGGAAACAGCAGACCACAACCACAACCACAACCACAACAUCGUCCACCUCAGAUUCAAGGACAUGAAAGACAACAAGCACGGAAUUUCUUGAAGGUUCAUGGAGUACACGGCUCAUCCCCAGAAGUACAACGUUUGAUCAAAACAGUUGAGCUGGCAAUGAUCGACGAGAUACCAAUGCCCCCAAAGACCAAAGCCCUCGACACGAUCCUUUGUCUGGACACUUCAAACAGUAUGGGACAGAAAGGACUUAAAGAAAUGAAGACCAUUGCUUUAUCAUUUAUUGACGCCCUGGAUGAUAUUGCCGCGAAGCACGAAAUCGAGGAGAAUAUUGCUGUUGUAACUUUCGGAGGACGUUCAAAAAUCGAACACCAUUUGAGCAAUGACUAUUCCAGUAUCAGAGACAAAAUUGAUAAACUUCAACUUGGCGGUCGGUCACCACUAUUUGAAGCACUUCUGGUGUGUCUCUGCGCCAUAAAUGGACGAGGGGGUGCGCUGAGCAUCUCUGGCGUCCACCGUCUUCAGCCCCGGGUCAUCAUAAUCACAGACGGGAAGGCCUCCGAUGAAUCUAAGGAUUGUGCAGGUGAUGUGGACAACGUCGAUGACAACGUCAAGUUGCGCAUCAUUCAGUUGAUGCAAGAAUUUACGGACAAGAAGAAUCAAACAACGUUUCCCAGGCCUUUGGUGUGGAUUCCGGCAGGAAAUGCCGAUACGGGAUUCCUGAAGUCGCUGGCAACUAUGGGCAAAGGGCACUACAUGGAGGGUGGUCUCUCUGUUGUACCGAGACUGAGUCAGUACCAGCGAAUACAGGAAGCUGUGGGCAAGGUGUUCGUGUGUCUCCAAAGACAGAUUGGUCCUGAGUCAGGAGACAUUCGUCAGGACAUCGAGACGAUUAUGGGGGCACUGGUUGGAGACAUGGAGGAGGAGUACAAGGCCGAGGUUAUUGACAGUGUCAUGGCUAAGCUUGAAGGAAAAGAAGGAUAUGGGAACGAAGACCAGGGCGCUGAUGGGUUUGACAAUAUAGAUGAAGUGGAUGGCCUACCUCCCUUAGGGACUAGGGUGACCAGGGGUCCGGACUGGCACUGGGGAAACCAAGACACUGAAGGCCCGGGCACAAUCAUCAACCAUUAUGAAGGAGGAGGACGACAUGGGGGAGGAAAACAUUUACUGUAUGUCCAGUGGGACAAUGGGAUUUACAACCAGUAUAGGUAUGGUUUGGACGGGGAAUACGACGUGUGGCCAGCCCCUGAUCAACCCAGACUAAUUGCAUCGGACAUGCUUAUUGAUGUGGGUUGUGAAGUCACGAGAGGGCAUGAUUGGAAGGACGACUACGGAUGCCAGGAUGGAGGACCUGGUUGUGUGGGUGUUGUCAUCAGAAAGAAUGAACAUGGGAUGGUAAAGGUUCGCUGGAAACAGACCUGUUACAUAGGCGCAUACAGAUAUGGUGCUGACGGGAAACUGGACCUCAGUGUUAGAGACCCUGGUGACAUACUGACUGAACUGACAAGAUCGUACCAGGAGGGGCUCCCAGUCAAGGUCGAGGGAGACACGCAAGGCAAGGUACAGCAAAAGGGUACGUGGGUGUGGCACUGGAAGGACGAAAGAAAACAGUGGCAGAAAUAUACAGAAGAUCACCAGAGAAGACUUGAGGACCAGUAUAAAAAACGGCCAAAUGGGUCAUGCCUUAUACAGAGGAGUGGUAAAAGCUACAGAGUACUUACAGAGUACUCUUCAAGGAAAUGUUUGAGAAGGAUUUAAAUAAUGAAUCCAGAAGAGAAGUCAAGAGAACAUGUGUUGACGAGAAGUGAUUCCACCUUCCUGAUAGUUUUAGAUGUGAGUCAUUGAAGAACAGUUGUCUAUGAUGAAAUGUGAGGCAGCUCGCAGGAAAUUGAUGGUAUGCUACGUUAACGUCAGUGUCUGCCCACAGCUGGUUACAACGACAAAACAAUGCGUCCCAGUUAUCUACAUGAGACUUUGUCCUUUUUGUAUAAUCUGCACAUUUGAUCUGAAUAUGAUAUUUGCGUGGAAUAUCAAAUUUAGGGCGAUCUAAGAUAGUCUCGCUUUUUUAAUAUUUUAAUUACAGCUUUCUUACACUACGAUAAUAUUAUUGCCUACUUUCUACUCUUAAUACAUUGUUGCAUCUCUACUUGCUAAAUAUAGCUUACUACCUUAAAAAGAUUUUAACACUUAAUAAAAACGUGAAUUAUGAGAGAUUGCUUAUGUUAUAGUGACUCAUUCAGGACAGUCAUCGUCCAAAUAUUUUAAAAGUCCAUAACCUAUGUAGUCCAGAUAUGUGAGACUUUAUUGUAAUAAUUUAUAUGACGCUAACCUGUAUUCUUAAUCACUACUGUACAUCCUUAUCAUUACCGCAUUGUACAUUGACUUGUAGGCCCAAUAAUUAUUGUAUAAGCUUUUUAUAACCUUCAUUGGUAAUCCCCCUUGGCCGUGUCUGCCAUCCCAUCAACUGGUCAAGGAAGUGCUAUUGUUUUUCUGCCUGUCCAUUGAUGCGUCGUCGCCUGUCCAUUGUUGUCAAAAACUGUAUAUAUACUUAGUAUGCUCACAUCUAGACAGUGAAGGAGUCGAGUCCGGUAUACCGCCUGCUUGUGUAAGGACGACCGCGAGCAGGAUAAUGCCGCUCGUAGGAUCCGUCCUGGGGUUGAGCAGGUACUCCGCUCACCACAUUUUAUGUCUUGUGUAUUUGCUUGUCAUGUAACUAAAGAAGUUUGAACUCAA